UGAACUCUACCACUUUUUUCUCUCUAAAUUAAAAGUCGCUCUCUAAGGGUCAGUACCACGUUGUCUAACGUCACAGACCGAUCAAUAAGGCAAAUUAACCUCAUGUCCUAACAAUUAUACCUUUUAAUCAUUUUCAAUACCCGCAUCCGCUGCACAUCAACUGCUAGUUUCUAGUACACGCACACACAUACUCGCGGUUAUGGCCGAAGGUAUGCGCCUACGCCUGGUCGUGCGUAGGGAUGGUUUACCAGAAGAACGACUUAUGUGGAAUGUGUCUCUCGAAGACGAUCCAACUAUUUCGAAACUCGUCGAGAAAGUGAACGAGACCUUUCCCUUAGAGAUUGGCCGGAGAGGAUUGGAAGACUACGUCGUUGAGUUACGUGAUCAAGACGGCGCGAGUUUCGAAUGUCUCCAUUUUCAGCCCGUGCGAACAGUUCUUAAGCCCGAUGAUCGAGUUUUCAUUCGACCCCUCGAUCGAGACGAUAAUAGACGACGUCGAAUCAGCGGCCGACACCAAAUCUCGUCCGAUGGCAGACACCUUGUUGAUGGCAUCCCAUUCGGGCGUCGUCUCCUGAGGGCCCCAAUUAGCCGACCUCCAAUUGACCCUCCACGGAAGCGCCGCAAACUUUUGCACCCUUAUGACAACCUAGAAGAUGAUGUAAACGACGACGAAGAAGAAGACACACCAAUGCUACUUCUCACGAAUGGCGAGCGCCCGUCGCAUAAAUCGAGCUUUCCGAGCGUCAAGUUUAGCCCGAAAGUGGACACCAUCGAUGCCGAAGCAGAAGACGGUGACUUUGAUGAUGGCACGGGGCAGGAAGAUUCCAGUGGUGGUUCUGAAUCUGAAGAUUCUGACCAGCAGGAUGCAGAAUUGCCAAGCGAUGAAGAUGAUCUUGAACAAGAGCUUCGGGAUCUAGCGGAAGAUAAUGCUGCUGUAGAAGGAAAAGAGCCUUCUGAGGUGCAGACAUUAGCCGGGGAAGGUCACAAUAAAGUAUCGAAGCUACAAGCUGCAUUUCCUUCAGCGCCUGCAAGUAUCUGCGAGCAAGUUUUAGCGACAUCAGGCAAUGACCUGAAAUCAGCGUACGAUGUUCUAAUUGAUGGAUUUGCGCCGCAGCUGUCAGAAUCCGCCUUGCUGGCAGGGUCGAUGUCCACGGGAACAACGCGGAAGCCAAAGUCACAAAAGAAGGGCUUAAAAAAUAAAUUUCCUACCACAUCCUUAGCAGAGGAGCGUGUCGACGACAUCAUGGACGAUGACGAGAGUGUGUCCGAAGAGGAAGGAGAGGAGGAAGAGGGAGAACAAAUAUCUUCCUUUGUACGACAAUUCGACCAUCGAGGCCUUCCGCCCGGAUCAAUCACUUCUGGUAGGGGACUGGUUCAGAUGGCUGCUAUAUCUAGUUCGGUCAAUGGUGAUAAGGUGAAUAGCGAACGCAAACCUAUAUCCGUGGCUUCAAAUGGCCAUAAGACCAGUCCCGGAAAAAUGGCCGAGGAAGACGAUACAUCAAGCGACGCUACAAGUUCCAGCUCUGAGAGUGAAGAACUUGAAGUUACUAGCGAUAGUGAUUCCGAUGAUGAUGACUCCAACAACAACGACAGCGACGACGGAGAUACGUCUUCAAAUGGUAGCGAUGAUAGGGACAACGAAAGCGAUAAGAGCGAUAGCGACGAUAGUAGUAUGCAUCAGGGAAAUAGCUCUCCUGGGGAUUUCCGUGGUGAUAGAUCAAAUGAUUCAGAUAAUGAAGACGAUAACAACAGUGAGGAUGACGACGAUAGUGAUGAUGGCCCAGAAGAAAUCUCCAUCAAGCCACAGCAUACCAAGAAUCAAAAACCGAAACAAAAAAGAGGACUCGGCUAUGAAAACGACAUGAACCAGACUAAAAGCAGUAGCGAGACUUCAGACGAUAGUGAUAUGUCUUCAGAGGAGGAUUCUGAUGAGGAAGGAUCAAGUUCAACGUCAGGAAGCGAAGAGGUAGAAACUAUUUCUAAUGACAUUAAAGCGACGAAAGCGGCCGGUCGUACUACAUACACCGGGGGCCCGCAAAUUCAGCCUUCGAAACCAAUCCCCGGAGCCAUUCCUGAGGCUCAACCAGUGCCUCCCGGAGCUGGUAGCGAAAGGACAAGAAAGCGAAAUGCUCGUCGAAGGGCCGCGAACAAGGCAAAAAAGCUAGCGCAGCAGGGAUCAAUUCUGAGUGUGACGCCUACGGGCGAAGAAACUCGGUCGCCUAUCACAGACGAAAAGGCUCUUAUUGAAGCUAAGCGACAGGAACUACUAAAAGCGAUCGCUAAUGGCGGAGUAGAAGUUGGCCCUCCUACACGGUUCGACGAGCCGUCGAAGACGUCCACGUCAGUGAAAAGGAAGCUGGAUGAGCACGACGAAGACACAUUGGUAACGACGCCUAUGGACGAAAGCGCGAAUUCCUCGGGCUCUGUUCAAAAGAAGGCUCGUCUAGAUAUAGGUGCCGGUCGGAGACUUGUUUUUGGUGCCUUGGGUCUUCGUAACCCUAGAACGAAGGCAGAUGAGAAUGAGCUGCGAGCAAAACUAAUGAAAGAUCUUCGACCGCUGGAUAACCCGAGGCUUGAUCAAAGCAUAGAAAACACUGAAGUGAACGAGGAUACCUCCAUAGUAGAGGAAAGUUCCGAAUCCUGGAAAGACAAAAUUAUCUACCGAGCUGUAGAGUGUUGCCACGAAGGGGUACAGCUCAGCGAGCCGCCGUUUCCGUUCGUUCAGCGCUGGGAUCCUCAGCAGCAAGGCUCGUGGUCUCAGAAGAAAAACAAACGUGGUGGUCAAAGUAAGCGAGCACAGCGCAACCAAGCACAUUUCUACCAGGAUACACGUCCCGGCAAGAAGCAGAAGCACGAUGAAUCUGAUAUGUGGGACGAAGACGGGUACGAUGAUACAUUCAACGGUGUAAACGAUUACACUAACGAUGCCGACAUCGAACUCAACUAUGAUGAUACUGAGAGUUAUAAACCUCAAGGGACCAAUGAGCCCACAAAUAAUGCAAGUCAAUUUACAGACUUUGACGACCUUCCGUCCUUGCCAUCAGAUUUAUCAACCCUCCCCCCUCUGCGUCCCGGGGAAGUCAAAGUUGGAAUGGUGAUAACAUGGCAGCAAUGGUCAUGCUCGUCUGCAACUAGUUGGCAGCCACAGCUGUCUAACGUAACAGGCGUUGUUGUUGGAAUUGACGACGACGCUACUGGGUUAGAAGUCUGUCUUGCUAAGAGAGACCGAUAUCUUGAUCGAAAUCAGAAGAAAUAUGACGAGAAUACCGGUCAACGGAUAUAUGACAAAUUUGAAGCCCCGGAUCUCGAUGACGAAGAUGACGAUGAUGGGGAAGACGAAGGAUUUCGGAUUAUCGGCUUUGCCGAAAUGCAGCAGCCUAGAAUUCUUCAACAACCACUCUCUGCCAUGGUAACUAAUGAAAAUCCCGAUGCAGUUGGCCUACUUCCCAAAGCUAGCACAAAUACAGGGAGCAAGCCUCCCGCUACCGAUGAAGACGCAAAAGCCAACGCGCACUCAGAACAAGAACCGUCUAGCACAAAAGAGCCCACUGAAGAAAAUGAGUCUAGAGUUGUACCAAUCGAAAAUUCCUCACCGAAUCAUGAACACCAGCACAGCAGCAUAUUAACGUCCGAUGAUUCGCAAAUCAAUAGUCCCUCGCAACAGCUACGUGAGAACGCCAGCCAAUCCGUAGGUAUACAACCAAAUCACCUACCAGUUCAAGAUGUUUCUCACCGCAAUAGUGAUUUGAAUGAACCCCUCUCGAAGCCAGAUAUCGAAGUACCAGGAUCGGAACUUCCCAGUAUAAGACAUUCGUCAGCUCCUCUAUUUGACAGCCACGAGGAUGAAGUCGUUAUUGGGACACCCAAGGUCGUAAAAUCUAAGGCUAUUGUUCCCCCUUCGUCAGCGAGCAGCGCCCGUAGUGGGCGGCAGCUGGAUUACAGUUUAGAUAUGGAAGUCACAGAGCCGGAUUCUCUUAAAAUCACAGACGACGGUCUCUCGACGUCUCUAGAUAACGAAUACCAACAGGAUCUAGAGUCGGAUGAGGAAGUCUCAACCCCUACACCUACACCUACACCCUUUCUCCAUGAUGAAUUAACUGUCGAGCAAGAGAGAAGUCCACAAAAGGCGGAAGCAUCAUCGCCAGCAAAUAUAUCAACUCCCAGCUCGUUGACGUCGAUCAAUACUAUAUGGUGCACAGCGCAAACUUCACUAAACACACAAAGUCCAUCCAAGUCUCAGUCGCAGUCCCUUCCUACCAACGGAUCACAACAGGCUCAGGCGCAGGACGAUCAGGACUUCGAGGAGACAAUUCGGAAGCUAGAUAAUACUUCAGAUGAUCAAGCGAGCUCUUCCAAAGUUCCAGAUAGCUUCGAGCGGAGGAGCCAAGGAAGAGUUCUUGAGGAUGUUAAGGAUUUUAGGAUUUUUAAACGUCUUUCAACGUCUCCACCAAUCAAAAUCUCCCCACCGCCAGCAAGAAGACGGAAAUUGCCGAAAGAGUCAUCCCAGUUCACACUUCCUCCUGGAACGCAGGUGAUCGAAUUAUCUUCAGAUUCCGAGCCGGUCUACGCCGAGAAUUAUGCUGACGACGAGGUUGAUGAGACUUAUUCUCCUGAUCCUGACAGUUUGCCUAGGGGCAGCGGAUGGGUGCAUAAGGCCGAUACGAAAGGUCGCAACGCGAGAAGUGUAACUGCACCUAUCAGACCCCAGCCGCCAAAACGGAAGAGAUUCAUAUCCUCGUCGCAGGGUCCUAUGUCGACUUCCUCCUCCGCCUCGGUCUCUGCCAUUCAGUCCGAUUAAACCUCGCAGAAAAACGAGCUCGAGGUUCUAGUUGGCUUUCUUAAGACACAGGGCUGGUUUAAGUGAUGGUAUGUUGGGUAGCUUAGGUUGGUAGGUAGGAACUAGCCUACUUGUAUCAUAUUGUAUACCUCUUAGCUGUCAGGUUAAUAGUUGCGCUUCAGUUUUUUUUUUAAAAUAGCUGGUGCAACAGAAAAUAUAUUGCAGAAACCCACAAUAGAAACUUGUGUCCAGAAUCAAGAGGGGGAGUUUAACCACGAUCCAUAAUUCAAGCCUCGGAGGAUAUUUU